GGCGCCGCGGCCAUGUCCCAUCCCAUCCCCCUAAUUUUUCGCCGUUGCUAUUUAAUCGCAUAAAUUCCCCAUCUCUCAUUUCAACUUAUAUUCUUUGUCUCGUGCCACAUACUAUUACAUUUGCUGCCAAUAACUGGGAUCUUCUGCCGACAUUGUUUGAUUGUGUAAUUGCUGGUGGAAUAGCUGAGGAUGAUUAUUGGCUGUGAUUAUUAGAAGUGGUUCAGAAUAGCUACGUGGUUCAUUUGAGGAGGUAGGAGAUACCACACCAGGUUUUGAAAUGGCCGUUGCUGGUUUACGCAAUGUUCCGGAUUUUGCUCCUCGGUCCUUCCUUGUUGAGGCGCAGAAAAGAGACUCGGGCAGGUGGGAUGAUGACCGUUGUAGGCGUAGCACAAGGGCAUCCACUCUCUUGCAGAUGUGGCGGGAGAUUGAAGGUGAACACGUAUUGAGUGAAUCGUACAGGUCAAGGAAACAGAGCAAUGGUUCUGAUACGGAGUGCAGAAGCAUAUGCACGUCUGUUGGAGAUGGGAGUGAGAAUGGUGAUGCUUUUUCUCCAGUUUCUUUUGAGUCUGAAAGCCAAGCCUUUAGUGGUUCAGACACCGAGCAUGAUGAUGAUAACAGUGUAAUAUCAGAGCAAUCUAGUGAGUUGGGAGAAGUUGAAAGGGAAAGGGUGAGGCAAGUUUUUCGAGGGUGGAUGAAUAGUUGUCAUAGGGGUGAUCCAUCUUAUGGAUCCAAUCGUAAAAACCAUGCACAGCGAUGCGUCAGUGAAAUAGAAUCUGAAAGGGUAAAAAUUCUCUGGGAACUGGCAGAAAAUACUACUCAGCAGAUAAGUGUCUGUGACUGUGCAUCAUCUGGAGAGGGAGCGGCUGAAAUUGGGUCUCAAACUGUGCAGGUGGGUAGUGGAUUGGUAGUUAAUCAUCCAGAGAUUGGUGCACGAAGGCCCCUUCGCAGGUUAUGUGGGAGACAGACUCUUCAUGACCUUCUCUUGAAGGCUCAAAGCGAAAGAAAAAAAGAACUUCUAAGCCUGUUAGAGCGGAAACCUGUGUCUGAUUUUGCUCACUGUAAUCGCAUUCAGGCACAUCUCAAAGGUAGGUUCCUAAGAAAUGGAGGAUUGGUGAUGGAUGAAAGGCCAUCUUCAGUGGCUGCCACCGAACUGGGUUUUCUUAGACAAAGACAAACAGUUUCCGACCUUAGGGAAGGAUUCCUCUCCAGGUUGGACAAUACUGGUUCUGCUGUAGUAAAUAAUACUGGGUCUGUUUUGUGUUCUAGCGAUGGAAAUAAGGGUGAAGCUGUGUCUACUUGCAUUGAAGGGGUAGUUACUGGAAAUCAGAUUGCUGCAGACUUGGAAGGUACCACCGUAGAUGGGAACAGGAAUAUGCAUCAACUUGAAGUACAAAUUGAUGAAGCGGAUGGACCUGUUUUGGCUAAUGAAAGAAGUCAAGAUGAUGUGUCAGUCUGUGCUAAAAGGGCUAGUAGUGUAAAGGAGUCGGUUUUUGCAACUGAAGCAAGACAGCAUGGAGCAUGUAGUCAUAUUGAAGAUGAAGAUAUAAACAUAACAUGUAGUAAUGAGUCUGUGUUAGAAUCUGCAGACUUGAAUUGCAGUGGGUCCUCUUAUGAUUCCAUACAUGUUGAAACUUCUGUUCCUGUAGUAGAUGAUAGUACCACUGGAUUUGAAGGAAACACAAAUGAGAGAUUUGAAUCAUAUGAUGUUUCGGAUGAAGAAUCACAAAGUAUUGGGCAAAAUGUAAAUCAUGUUGCAUUUACUGAAAGAGACUCUGAUCAAUCAUUUCCUGGACCAUCUGGUGACAAUGUUGAAGAGCAAGAUCAGAUGCAAGAAUCUAAUGACUGGCCGAGCCAUGAUUUUCAGGUGGCUAUUGAUAGUAGGCUAAACACGCCUUAUAGUGAGGCAGGAGAAUCUGUUAGAGGAGUUGACACAACUUAUUUCCCUGAUGAUGAUAAUGCUAAUAGUAUGGAACUACGGGAGCUUUUCAGCUGGAGACGUGUAUCUAGUCUUCUCCGUAGCAGUUUCCGUGAGAGCCUGAAUCAGGUGUUACAGUCUCAUGUAGAAAGGCUGGAGAAUGCAUCCUUUUCUCAAUCUGAGGAAGACCCUGAACAGCUAGAUCAUGAGCAAUCUCUGGCUCCAUCUGAAAGUGCGGAGAGAAACCCAUUUAUGCAGUCUUCAACACUUUUUGAGGCGUCACAACAACUUUGGAAUGAUGAUUUGGAGGCUACAGAUUCGGCACGCCAUUACUUAAAUCAGCAGUUUGGAACAGAAUGGGAGGUCAUCAACGAGUUAAGAAUGGACAUGGCUAGGCUUCAGCAUGGGUUGAACAAUAUGCAAGGUAUGCUGGAAGCUUGCAUGGAUAUGCAAUUAGAGUUGCAGCGGUCGUUGCAUCAAGAGGUCUCUGCAGCUUUAAAUAGGCCAAUCUCUUCAGGAGAUGUAGCCAAGGACAACCAGGUUCGUGAUGAAUCUCAGUGGGAUCAUGUCAAGAGAGGAAUUUGCUGCCUAUGUCAGCACAGUAAAAUUGAUUCCUUGCUCUACAGAUGUGGGCACAUGUGCACCUGUACAAAUUGUGCAGAACAUCUGGUCCAGUCUCAGGGAAAGUGUCCUAUGUGUUGUGCCCCGGCAGUAGAGGCUGUCCGCGCCUACUUUGCCCGGUAACGAAAAGGACUCAAUAUGCAUGUAUAGACUGCUAAGGAUUUGAAUUGCGCAAAUCCUUCCCGCAUUAGGUGAUUUUGAAGAAUUACAAGGUCGGGUCAGGUUGGGUCGGGUCAUCCAUGAGGCGGUGCAGCUGGUUGUUCCAGCUUCCUUCAGUUGAGGCUCCAAAUACAUUUCCUCCUAUGCAUAUACAUUUGUAAAUUAUUAUAUGAAAGCAGUUUAAUCAUUAUUUAUCGAUGAUGA